CGGCACGUGAGCAGCCGUGGUGGUGUUCCAUGGGGGGCAACGGCUGGGCUUGCAGGCUUAGUAGGGACCAGCCUCAGGAGCCAGGGCUGACUAAGCAGGCAACUAGUCGUGUGCCCGUGCAGGUUGUGGCGGCUUGCGUUGGCGAAUGGUACUGGUGGAGAUCGCCAGCCCUGAGAUCAAUCCCCGCGACAUUGCCGCGACACCUCCUCCUCAUUCCUGUUUGCCCGCAAGACAUUUGCUACGCGCAAUUGCGCCCGGUGCCACGCUCCUCCUGGCACGUGACUCCACCCGACACAACUUUUCGUGGUGUCCUCAUACAGAUCUAUCAACACCUACAAGAGAUCAGUCCUCGCUUGAGCUGGCGAUUUCCAUUUCUACUGCAACACGCCUCCCAUUGAUGUCUCAUCAGUCAUGAGCACUCAACCCCCACAACGCAAGAACAAAAAGAGGCUGAACAAGAAG